AUGGACGUCUCGACAGCUGCGCACUUCGAAUUCCUCAAGUCGGAUUAUUUUGACGUCAGUCUGCUUCUUCUAAGAAAGGAGAGGCACUGCGGCGCCGCUUCGCUUGUGAAAGCACCUGUCAUUUCUGUGGUGGUCUGGUGGUGGGGGGGCCGUCAAUCAUGGCUCUUGAACGAAGGCCAGGCAACAAUACUGAACAUCAAUUCGGCAUUAAUUCACUUAUUUCUACGCGCAGAUAUGAUGCUUGCUGGCGGCGAUGUUUUAAAACAGUAUUGCUUACAUCGAUGUCUGUUCUCUAUGACCUGUCUGGCCUCUGUCACGUUUGGACUCUUGUGCUGGUCGGGCCGUUGA